CGCUCCUGCUGCUGCUUGUUGUUGUGUGUGCGCUCCCCAUUCACGUUUGCUCCUGCCUGUCCUCCCAGCCAGCCAGCCGCGAGACAGCAAACUUGCAAAAAGCCACGCACAGCCAACCAACGCACAGCCAACGCACAGCCAACGCAACGCAAAGAAGGCGCUCACCGAUCGACUGAUUCACCGCAAACAAGCAAACAACAGCGCCAUGCCGCCAAGACGCAGCCGCCGUCAGGCUGCCCGCGCGGCCGAGGAUGCCAGCGGCAACGACAACAACGACGCCACAGCCACCGCAGCCGCUGAAGAGACAACCCAGCAAGAGCAGGACCAGCAGCCCGUGAAGCGAUCCAAGCGCCAGUCGGCCCGUCGCAAGGCUGCGGAGGAAGCCGCCGCCAAGAAGAAGGCCGCCAAGGAAGAGGAGGAGGCCAGGCUGCAGAAGAAGCAGGCCCAACAGGCCGCCGUCAAGGCCAAGAAGGGCAAGAAGACAGCAGCCAGUGCAGCUGGCGCAGCGAAGAAGAAGGGCAGUCGUCGUGGCAAGCGCCGCAAGCAAGACGAAGAAGAAGAUGAUGAUGACGACGGUGACGACGGUGACGAUGACGAUGAGCAGGAAGAGGAGGAGGAGGAAGCUGAUGACGAUGAGCAGGAAGAGGAGGAAGCGGCUGCAGUCGAGGAUGAAGCUGGCACUGCCAUGGAAGAGGCAGCAGACGCGCCUGACACUGCUGCAGCUGCGAAGACCACCGCCAGUGCAAGCGCCAAUGCCAGCAAGGCUGCCAAGGCCCCCGCUGCGAAGCGAGCGCGGCGCACAAAGGCAGAAGCAGCCGAGGGCGGCAAGAAGAAAGUGACGCGCAAGAAGAAGGAGCCGGCAGCAGCAGCAGCGACGUCAGCUGGUAAGCCAAAGCGCAUGACGAAGAAGCAGAAGCUGAUGGCUGCGCUGGCGGAGAAGGCGGAGGCCAUCGCCAACAGCGUGCAGGAGGUGGUUGAGGAGGACCUGGACAUGUUUGUGCCGCCGCACGAGUUUGAGCUGUCCGUGCCCGAGGACAAGCCGCUGGUGUGCGCGCGCAGGGAGAUGGAGGUGCAGUACGAGGAGCAGUUGAAGCGGGACCGGGCGGCGCAGGCUGCCAACAACCCCAACCCAGACAUGAGCGGAUCCUCUUCUGCCGCCGUGGCCAAGGUGCAGAGCAGCAUCAGCAACAAGGACCUGCAGGCCGGCAUUAACAUGCUUUCGUCCUCUUCCCUCUUCCGCUCCUACGUUGACCUCGACGACACGCGCGUCGUACGCACUCGCGCACUGUCCAAGACGGUUGAGGAGAGCACACCCUCCUUUGGCAGCGGCGUCGUCUUCACCGGCCCAGACACCAUCAAGUUUGAUCCCAAAGCCGGACGCUCCUUUGGCGUGCAAGUUGCCGGUGCAACCGCCAAGCACGGGAGCGUGGCACGUUCCAAGCGCAAGAUCACGGUAUCUGCCACGGACGUGGACAAGGCGUUUGCCAUGACCGAGGAAGAAGCUCUCUCCCACUUUGCCAUUGGCUUUUGCGGCAACCACCACACCGUCGCCCCCAACACCCAGAGCACACACUUUGUCGUGCAGGGCAACUGGUGGCUGAUCAAGGCUGGCGGUGUUGCGCAGGCCGCCGCAGUCUCCACUGAUGCGUACGGCGACGACGAGGGGUUUGACGACACGCGCUACGCCGCCGGGGGUGCGCUGGUGUGCCCGGCGCUGUCGAAGCUCAAGGCGGGCGACUACGUGGAGGUGGCCGCGCAGCCGCACCCGAAGGAGAAGGGCGUGCAGCUGAUCGUGCUGCGCAUCAACGGCCAGGAGCAGACGCUCUACGACAAGAAGCCAGAGCCCGAGGCCAAGGCCAAGCCCGCGCUGUCACGCAAGGGCAGCAAGAAGCUGACCAAGCGCAAGAGCACGCGCCGCAGCCUCAACGCCACUGCCACUACCACCACCACUGCUGCUGCUGCUGCCGCAGCCGACAAGGAGGACAAGGAUGAGGAGACCAAGCCCAUUGCCGUGCCCACGACGCAGAAGCUGUAUGGCGUGAUUGUGGCGCCGCGCGACACGUCGCUCGCCCUGCACGUGCACGGCAUGUCCGGGUACCACGAGUCGCAGGCCAGCCUGCAGCUGCUCAAGGAGCACUGGCAGCUGCUCCAGCAGUGGGGCGCGUGCGGGCCCGUUGUGGCGGGGCGCCUGGUCACCAAGACGGUGGCUGAGGAGGACCACCUCUUGUUGCGCUUCCUCAUGGACAACGGCCGCAACUUCCUUCCGGGCCGCGCGCCGGACUGGAGCGCGGACUGCUUCAGCAACGCGGAGGAGUGGGCCAUGAUUGGAAACGACGCCAAGUCGCUGUUCCUGAUUGGCCGCGCGCCGCAGUACGGCUGGGCAGACGUGCCGGACAACGACAUUGCCGCGCGCACGGGCACGGGCAACGUGUCCUCGCACACGUACGCGCACCGCGUGGGCAAGGUUGGCGUGGCGCGCGGCGGCAAGGAGGGCGACUCUGCCUUUAUCCAGGAGAGCAACCUGCGCGAGUACGAGUAUCACCAGCCGUACGGAUACGGGUUUGGCAUGGCCAUGCUCGCCGCCGCCCGCUCCCGCGACGUGUCGGACGACACGCUCAAGUACGUGCUGUCCGGCGCCUCGCACCAGUCCAUCUCCACCAGCAACCUGGUGUACGCCGCGGCGGAGGCCGGCAACGUGCGCACGGUGCAGCAGGCGCUGCAGGCGCUGUCCAAGGACACGAGCAGCGGCAUGACGGAGACGUACAUGGUGGCGGCGGACAGCUCGCUGCCCAUCAAGUCCACGCUGCAGGCGCGCUCGCUGCUGAAGAAGGGCGGCAGCAUCUCCGCUGUGACGCCGCUGCACGUGGCCAGCGCAUGCACCAGCGCCGCGCGCUUCAAGAAGCUGCUGCAGAUCAACAGCCUCAACUACAGCGUGCACGACGACUACGCGCGCACGCUGCUGCACUUUGCCGCGGCCAACGAGGACGAGGGCGUGGCGGAGUUUCUGCUGUCGCUCGGGGAGAGCCCCGUGGUGACGGACAAGCAGCUGGCCACGCCGCUGCACCUGGCCGCCAAGCACGGCCGCCCCAAGACGGCGGUGCUGCUGCUGGAGGCCGCCCGCAAGCGCUUUGGCGCCCAGCUCACCGCGCUCACGGGCCAAGCGGAGCAGGGCGAUGGUGGGGAAGGAGAAGAGGAGGAGGAGGAGACGCCUGCGAUGAAGCGGAAGAAGGCGGCCAUGCUGAAGAAGCUCAAGGUGGCCGGGCUGGCCAAGGACAAGCUGGGCCUGACGCCGCUGCACCACGCCGCGUACGAGGGCCACGUGGACGUGCUUCAGGCGCUGCACGAGUUUGACCCGGAGCUGGACAUGGACCUGGGCGACCGCAACAAGCGCACGCCGCUCAUGAUCGCCGCCAUGCAGGGCAACGUGGACGUGAUGGAGGCCCUGGUGGAGAUGGGGGCGCACGUCGAGGCGCAGGACAAGCGCAAGUACACGGCCCUGCACCACGCGUGCAAGAACGGGCAGUUUGACGCGGUGCAGAUGCUGCUGCGGGCGGGCCACAACCCGGACGCCCGCGACUCGAGCGGCAACACCCCCGCACACUACGCCUCCGCCUACGACUGGGUGAAGGUCCUGCAGCUGCUCAAGCGCUACGGCGCAGACCUGUCCUCCGCCAACGACUGGAAGACGACGCCGCUGUCCAUUGCGGUGGCCAAGUCGUGCAUCACCUGCCUGCUGUACCUGCUGCAGCAGCCCGGGGUGGCCAUUGACGCGCGCGACAACGAGGGCCGCACGCUGCUGCACCACGCCUGCAGCCAGGCCGGCCCAAGCAACCUGCGCAUUGUGGAGCACCUGCUGAAGCAGGGCGCGGACGCGUGCGCGCAGGACCUGGCCGGGGUCACGCCGCUGCUGCUGGUGGUGCGGGCAAACGGCACCAAGCAGAAGGAGAUGGUGGAGCUGCUGCUCAAGGGCGGCGCGCACCCGGACGCAGCGAGCAAGGACGGCAGCUCGCCGCUCUCCGUGGCGCUGGCCAACAGCCGGGCCAACCUGCUGGUGGCCAUGCUCUCCAGCGGGCACUCCUUUGGCAAGGCGCAGGUGGAGGCAUCGGCAGAGUCGUUCCUGCACAAGCUGGUCGGGCUGGCCAAGCAGCGCGACAUUGCCGAGCUGUGGAACCUGGUGAUGCAGCAGGACGACAGCGCGUCGGUGGCGGCGCUGCUGAACCACCGGCGCCACAGCAACGGGCGCACGCCGCUCAUUGACCUCCUCCUCGCCGCAAACCAGCACCCGUCCAGCGCAUCGCUGUUUGGCAACGCGGAGGCCACCAGCAACGCCAGCAGCAUGAACUCCAGCAGCAGGUUUGGGUACAGGCGCAGGUACAACGCGUAUGGCUCGCAGCCAAGCACGUCCACAGAGUCGACGGCUGCCAGCCUGCACAAGGUGGUGGAGCUGGUGGCGGCCGCGCUCAAGGCCGGGUGCGAUCCCAACGUCCCCGUGCGCAUGCUGUUCAAGGAGAAGACGGAGGGGGAGGGCGGAGAGCAGCAGGAGGUGGCGCACACCGUUGACAGCGACGACGACGACAACUACGAUUCUGACAUGUCCGCCUCUGACAUGGACUCGGAUGAGGACGAGGACAGCAACGACGACAACGACGACGCUGAUAAGGGUGGAGCGCAGCAGCAGGUGGAUGGCAUGAACGGCACGAGCGGUGGCAGCAGCGGCAACGGCGUGGAUGUCAUUGCCCUCAACGACGACGACAACGAAGAGGAGCGUGGUGGCGACAUGGACCAGACGGCCGACAAAGAGGAUGGUGAUGAGGAUGGCGAGGAGGAGGAUGACGAGGGUGAGGAUGGGGAUGGCCAGAAGAGCGGCAAGAAGCAGCACAAGAAGAAGAAGAAGAAGAAGAACAUGGUGGUGCCGAGCCACGGGACGGAGCUGACGGUGGCUGCGGGCGACUAUGCCAAGCACGCCAAGCGGCUUGGGGAGAGCGAGAAGAAGCCGUUUAAGAUUGAGAAGGAGCUGGACAACGUGCUUGGCGGCUGCACGGCGCUGCACGUGGCGUGCCGCGUCAACAACCCGCAGCCGCUGGUGGACGUGCUGCUCGAGCACGGCGCGGACACCAACGCGCGGGACCGGCUGGGCCAGACGCCGCUCAUGUACGCCGUUGUUGCGGGCAUCCCGAGCGUGGUGGAGCGCAUGCUGCUGCACGGCGCCGACCCGGCCAUCGUCUCCGCCCGCAGCGGGCAGACGGCGCUGCACAUGGCUGUGCACCAGUGCCUGCAGGCACAGGCGGCAGCGAAGAAGGCGCGCGCGGCUGUGCUGCAGCUGCUGCUCAAGCACAAGGCGGACACGGGCGCGAUGAACAAGUUUGGUGACCUGGUGCUGUGCUCUGCGGUGAAGAGCACGCAGGACCGCACGGUUGCGGACGCGCUGCUCAAGGCCGGAGCGGACGCGUGCCAGCUUGACGGGCACGGCACCGCGGCCUUGCACUACGUGGCGCGCAUGAACGACCUGGCGCUGCUGCAGCGGCUGCUGGAGGCUGGCGUUGACCCGGACCUGCGCUCGUCCAAGGGCAACACCCCGCUGCACGGCGUGAUUAUGGCGGAUGGUGGGGACCGCUCCAAGGUGCUGGUGCAGAUGCUGCUGGACAAGGGCGCAGAUCCAAACGCACAGAACAACGACGGCGUCUUCCCGCUCUUCCGCGCCGUCACAAACUCGGCAACAAGGACAUACCGCAACUUUGAGAUGGAGCAGCUGCUGAUUGACCGAGGCGCCGACGUGCACGCGUGCACGGCACUUGGCCGCAACAUCUUGCAUGCCGCCGUCGUGACGGAAGACAAGCCCGAGCGGCUGGAUAAGGCGCGCACCCCCGCCGACCCCAUUGAGAUUGUCUCGGACAUCUGCUCCCUCGAGACGCUUGAUCUUGAUGUUGCUGACACGUACGGGCGCACGCCGCUGCACUACGCGUCGCUGUACGGUGCCAUCCUCAGCGCCCGCUACCUCAUCAAGCGUGGUGCAGACCCAAACAAGGAGGACCAAGACGGCAACACGGCGCUGCAGCUGGCGCUGAUUGGGCACCAGGUCAACUACGCGGCGCUGCUGCUGGACCACGUGCGCGACCUGAAGCACGCCAUUGUGUUCACCGUCCUGCAGCACGACAAGGAGAAGGACAAGCAGGUGGAGGUGGUGCGCACCACGUCCACGUUCCGCUUCCUCGCCUCACACCACUUCACGGGCCUGGCGUGCGUGUUCAUUGACCACGGCGUGGAUGUGCUGUCGGCCUUUGACGACUGCGUGUCUGUCGGCGAAUACCAGAUGGCCAUGACGCUGCUGCGCAAGACGCCGUCCACCCGCGUCAAGGCCCUGCGCGACAGCGAGAACAACACGCUCGUCACGUUUGUGUGCAGGCACAUCUCGCAGAACAAGCUGUUCCAGGACAAGUUCUGCGCGCUGAUGAUGCGCACGCUCACCAACGAGUACGCCUUCCGCAAGGACACGGUCAACGUGCGCGGCGAAACGCACCUGCACCAGGCCUGCUGGAGCGGCGCCUACCCUGCAUUUGAUGCUGUCGUGAGCGCCUGCGACGUCAAGGCCACGCGCAAGGACGGGUUUGAUGCGCUCACGCUGGCGCUGAUUGGGCACGCCAACGCCGCCCACCGCAUGCGCAUGGUGCGCAUGCUCCUCAAGCGAGGCGCAGACCCAAACUACUACGACACGCUCCGCGCGUGCGUGCAGGACUCGGAGUGGCUCAAGGACGACGAGCGGGUGGCCAAGUUCAUGGCCAAGCCGCUGCUGCUGGCCCUGCUGGAGCCAUGCCUCGAGACCCUCAAGCACCACCCGCCGCCAAAGGCAACAUCGACGCUGCUGUCUCCGCGCGGGCUGGGCCUGGGCCGCUCUCCCAAUGGCAGCCGCAUGGGCGGUGUUGCCAACGCGCAGCCACUCACCAUCACGGGGGACAAGGCCAUUGACGAGUGGCUGACAGACUCGUUCCCGCGCACGGGCACCGUGACGCCGCAGCAGGUGCGGGCAGGCACGGCCGCGCUGCUGCUGCGCUCUGGCCUGAGCUGGCACCACGCCACGAAGCAGGGCGCAACGCUGGCCGAACUGCUGGUGGUGCAGAACAGGAAGGACGCGCUGGAGCGGCUGCUUGCGCUCGGCGCCGUCGUGAACAACCCACUGGACCUCAACCACCGCCUGCCACACAAGGGCCAGACGGUGCUGGCCCGCUGCUUCACGCACCAGAGCAACGCGUUUGCCUUUGUCAACUGCGACGACAUGCUCGACUUUUUGCUGGAGAAGGGUGCGGAUGUGAACCAGCUGGACGAUGACGGGUGUUCCCCGCUCUGGCACGCAUACGCCAUCGCCGACACCGCCACCAUAGCCCGCAUGGAGAGCAAGCUGCAUGCAACACUGACGCCUGCGCAGAAGCCGCCGCGCCCGGCACACGAGCGCUUCACCACCAUCGACAUUCCAGGCAUUGACGUGCAGCCACAGACGGAUGCAACGGCUGGUCUGCACGACAUUGAGGAGCUGCUUGAGAAGAAGAAGCAGGAGGAAGGCAAGCCACCGGGCCCGCUGGUGGACGAGGCGACAAAGCUGACCAAGGUGGCGCGCGUGGUCAAGAUGGACGACUGCGACGACUACUAUGACCUCACCAUGACCAUCACUGACGUCUCCUACGGAUACUGGGGCCGCCACGACUUCUACCGCAUGCAAGUGCUGCACAACUUUGUGCACGACAUGUACGUGUUGUCGACGCGCUGGGGCCGUGUUGGCGAGGAAGGCAUGCACCAGGUCACCCCGUACCCGACAAAGGAGGCUGCAAUCGCAGAGUUCUGCAAGAUCUUCAAGAGCAAGUCCGCGAACCUGUGGGAGAACCGGCACGGCUUUGAGCCCAAGCCGGGCAAGUACCGGCUGCAGAAGCACGACCACGCCACCAUUGCCCGCCGCCAGGAGAUGGCCAUGCAGGUCAUUAAGUUUGAGAAGGUGCCCUCCUCAGACAGGCUCCCUCCCAGCGUGGAUGUGUUCGUGCGCACGACGGCGGACGUGAAGACGCUGCAGCGGGCGAUUGUGACCGACUGCGAUUUUGACCUUGCCUUUGGCGGCGCGCCGGCCGGGGCAAUGGAGAAGGCUGUCGGGCUCAUCAAGCAGUUGAAGGACCUGACGAAGAAGCUCGAGGGCAUGUCGUGGGGCGACGAGGGCCGCGAUGCGCUCAACACACAGGUGCAACAGCUGACAAACGAGUUCUACCAGACCAUCCCCAUCAACGCCGUCAAGCACCGCGUGCAGCAGCUCAAGCACAAGAAGGUGCUUGAGAUUGAGGAGAAGCUCAACACCAUCUCGGUGGAGAACGUAACGGCCAACCUCCUGCUCGGCGCAUACCACCGCCACCAUGCCAUGAGCCUCAACCCCUUUGAGUACGUAUACCUGGCCACGGGCGCGCGCCUGGCUGCCGUCCCUGCAGACUCGUCCACGUACAAGGCCAUCCGCAUGUUCAUGAACACGACGCGGGAGCACUCGAGCGCCGGCGGCGUGGGCAUUGCGCAGGUGUUUGAGAUCUCCAAACCGGACGAAGACGCCGCCUUCAAGAACAAGUUUGGCUCCGACCCCACACGCACCUUGCUCUGGCACGGCACCAAGAACCAGAACGUCCUCGGCAUCCUCUCCCAAGGUCUGCGGUGCGCGCCACCGAGUGCGCAGGUGACUGGAUACAUGUUUGGCAAGGGCGUGUACUUUGCAGACUGCUUCUCCAAGAGCUACAACUACACCAUGAACUAUGGGGAGGGAUCCGAGCUCGCCCGCCACCACUGCUGCAUGUUCCUGGCCGAGGUUGUGCUUGGCAACCCCGAGCGGCGGACAGAGGCCAAGUCUGAGCCGCCGGCUGCUGGAUACGACAGCAUCCACGGUCUCGGCAGCAGCGUCCCGUCCCGCUCGAUGGUUGGACUUGAGGACGAUGUUCGCAUUCCUCUCGGUCCUCUCAAGGAAGCCCCCAUCGCCGGCUCACACCUCGCGUACAAUGAGUUUAUCCUGUACGAUUCCGCGCGCAUCCGCCUGCGGUACAUGGUGCUGCUGCGCGACAUGGACUGGCUCAAGCAGCGGCGCAAGCGCUGGCUGGUGGCCAACAAGGUCAUCCCCACCAUCACGGACCCGGACCCGGAGCCCAACGCCGUGCUGGAGGGCGACGACAUGUGGAAGUACUAUCCGGAGCAGACCACCGUCUGAGAUGGGUGGUCCACGCAGCCAGCCCAUCGUGCGCAUGCCAGCACGACCCCCCCCCUCCCCGCUCAUGCUCGUGCACCGUGUUGUGUGUUGUGUUGUGUGUUGAGUGUUGUCUCGUCGCUCUCUUCCUCCGGCCACCUCUCGCUGUGUUGUUGUUUUUGUUCUUGCGAGCUUGUUUUCGUGCUUGCUUACCCAUCCCACUGUGCAUUCCAUCUCAUAGACUGCACUUUGGUUGGACGGCACCACUUGCUUGUUGCUUGUCAUUGUUCUUGUUCCCCUGCCUGUGUUCUUCUUGUCUCUUCCUUGCUUCCUUUUUACGACUUGCUUCUCUGCGUUGCUUCCCUACUUGCUUGCUUUCCUUGUUCGUUUCCGUUUGGCUGAACCACACCCCUGUGUUACCCCGCCUGCGUGCUUACCUGUCUGCACCCUUACAAGCGCUGUUCAAACGUG